AUGGACGAGUAUGCGGCCUCUGUGGCUACGCUCGUGGGCAUGCUCGGGAUUGACGCCGGCCAGGCCGGGACGCUGCUCCAGAAUGCGGGUGGCAACAUUGAGGCGGCCGCCUCCGAGCAGGCCCUCCUCUCGGGGGCCGCUGAGGAGGAUGGGCUCUCCCUCUACGGCGACUCUGGAGAGAGCGACCUCGUCGGCUUGCUCAAGGCUUCGGCGGCGGCGGCGCCGUUUGUGACCGCCGUCGCCACGUCGCUCUCGCUGGCGGAGCAGGAGAGCGUAUACGGCCCCGCACUCGAGUCCCUGCUCCGCCGGCUCGACCCGUACUCGGGCGGCGCUGUGGAGAGCGGCAGGCUCCGCUCUGGCGAGUGGACUGGCCGGGAGGCAGAGGGGCUCGGAGACCGCGCCGUGCUCGAGGGCGGGUGGGAGGAGGUGUGGCAGCUGCAGAGCCGGCAGCAGACCACCUCGCAGCGGGUCAUCCUCACGGCGGCGCUCUUCAAGGACCCGGCAGCCAAGGCGGCCGCGCUGCGCUGGCUGGGCGCUGUGCUCGCGGCCAACGGCGCGAACGCAGACGGGGGGAAGCAGCAGAGCCCUCAAGAGGCGAUGCGGGCGCGGCAGAGCGGCGCGUCGGGCGGGGGAAUGAGUCAACUCGCGCGGCAGAGCUGCUCGUCGGACGGGGCGCUGCUUAGCGCGGCGGCGGUGCUGCUGCAGCUGUGCGGCCCCUUCCUCACCCCGACGGCUCUCCGCGACGGCAAGGGGCAUGACGGCUUCGCGCGGCUCGAUUGGAGGCUCACCGAAGCUGGCGGCGACCCUUCUGGCGGCGGCGGAGCGGGCGCGGGUGGGUCGGGAGGGUUCGAGGAGUCCAACGAGGAGGCGGACGAGCUGGCGCAGGCCGAUCAAGCUCUCCCUCUGACCAAUCAACUAGUGGAUGCGUCACUUCAAGCGAUCAAGCUCUCCCUCCUCUCGAGCAGCGACGCCGCCGCCGAGCCCGCUCCCCCCCCGAACACCCCACCGCCGGCUGGCGCUGCGGGUGGGUCGGCGGAGGGGGUCGCGGCGGGCGGCGGCGACGCCGAGGCGGAGCUGCACUUUGCGGAGCUGCACUUUGUCACGGAGUGCUUCUUCCUCUGCCUGCGCGCGCUGCACGUCGGCGUCCUCCCCGCCAUGCGAGGAGCCGGCCGCGUCCUCCCCGCCAUGCGCCGCUGCGAGCGGAUCCUCCUCGAGCUGCAGCGCAAGGGCGGUGCGGCGGCCUUCGACGCACACUUGCACGCGAUCAAGGAGGCUGGGCAGGGCAAGGCGCAGGCGGCGGUGCUGGCGUACCGGCUGCUGCUCGACGGCCCGCGGCUGCAGCCCCUCCUCCUCCGCUUCUGCGGCCUCGCCGGCGCGGGGCUCGAGCAUCUCUGGCGAGAGGCGCGGGGCUCGAGCAUCUCUGGCGAGAGCGCGGCGGCGGCCGACGCGUGCGCCGCCCUGCCCGCCUCGACGCUGACCGACUUGUUUGCGCUCCUCGUGCUGUUCGCGCGCAAGGACCCCCAGGCUCUCGUUGCUUCGGAGGUUGCGGCGCCCCUCGUCUCGCGCUGCGCGUGCCGCUGGGCCCUCGCCUCCUCGCCCUUCGUCCGCUUCACCGCCGCCGAGCUGCUCGAGACGCUCGUGCAGAUGGACGAGCACGCGGCGCGGCUGGCCGGCUCGCGGCUGCGCGGCGUGGCGGGGCCGCUUGUCAGGCUGAUCGACGCCGAGGCGGCGUCGGAGGUGCAGCUGCCCCUGCUCUCCCUCUACGUCGAGCUUGGGCUGCACACAAACGCGGCGGCCGUCUCCGACAAGAACGGCGACCGCUUCCGCAUCAUGAGCGUGCUGCGCGCGCUGUGGCAGCAGCCGCAGCCGUGGAGGGCGCUGCAGGCCGCCGCGGCCGCCUCGCUCGAGCCGGGCGGUGGCGGCGACGGCGGCGCGGCGUUUGGAGAGUUUGCAGAGACGCUGGUCAAGGAGGCGGUCUUUCUGCUGGCGGAUGCGCUCGGCCGGCUGGCGGACGUGCACACGAGGCAGGAGGAGAUGCCAGCCUCGGUGCGUCGCGGGGACAAGGCGGCGUCGCUGCCGGCCCCGCCGCCGGCCUCUGCCGCCGACAAGGAGAAGGAGGCGGCGUGGGCGGCGCUGAGCGGGAAGGAGAGGCAGGCGCGCGAGGCUCGCCUCGAGCAGUGCCGCCGCACCGCCAAGGGCUUCCUCCAGCUCGCCCACUCGUCGCUGGCGGCCCUCCUCUUCCUCACCGACGAGGCGGGCGUCUGCUCCGCCUUUGCCUCCCACCCGUCCCGCGCCUCCAAGCUCGCGGCGAUGCUGGUCGAGUUCCUGCGCAAGCUCUGCGACGUCAAGGCGCGGGAGGGGCUGCGCGUCGACCAGCCCGACAAGCUGGGCUGGCACCCGAAGAAGAUGCGCUCCGACACGCGGCCGCACCCGAAGAAGAUGCUCUCCGACACGGCGCAGCUCUUGCUCCACGCCGCCUCGCGCGUGCCCGCCUUCGUGCACACGCUCGCCGCUUGCGACAACCUCGACGUGCCCCUCCUGCACACGGCGGCCAACAUCCUCGAGCACGCGUUCAAUCGUUGA